AUGAAUUCAAGUUUAAUUGCACGAUUUUAGAACAGCGCAGUUGUUUACUACGCAUAAAGAGGAUGGUAUUGGACAAAUAGAAUAGGAAAGUUGAAUAUUUUGACUGUUUCAGCGAUUUGGUAUAUUGCUGCAGAGAGGUAAUAAUUAGAUUGAAUUUUAGUUAAAUCGCAGGAAGUUAGAGAACGACUUUAUACAGACAUAAUUGGAUAUAGAACCCAAAGCCUUCGCGUGUGAUUUUUGAGGAGAAAUCAUGA